GUCCCGGGCCCGCACAAGUGCGGACGCUCCGUCCCCUGCAGCAGCAGCAGCAGCAGCAGCAGCAGCAGCGGCGGCAGCGGCAGUGGGGUGCGCGCUCACGCGGGCCCUCGAGCCAAACAGCAGCAGCAGCAGCAGCAGCAGCAGCAGCAGCAGCGGCAGCGGGGUGCGCGCUCACGCGGGCCCUGCAGCCAAACAGCAGCAGCAGCAGCAGCAGCAGCAGCAGCAGCAGCAGCAGCAGGGGGGGGGGACUGACUCUGGUGCAGUAGGCGCCGAGGGGACAGGGCCCUGCGGAGUUGUCUUCUUUGAGUUGUGGGGUUGGAGACUCUGCUGCAGCAGCACAGAAGAAGCCCUCGCUGCAGACGCCGGAGACAGUUUGGCUGCUGCUGCUGCUGCAGUAGAAGCCGGGGGGGCAGCUGCGGCAGCUGCUGCUGUGCUGCUGCAGCAAAUGCGAACUCAGAGUCCCCGGGGGACAGCUCGAGGGGACUGCUGCUGCUGCUUCGCAGUAGAAGCCCGCGGGGCACUGCAGCGGGGCCUCCAUCCCUUCCUCCGGGCAGUAAAACCUGCAGCAGCAGCAGCAGCAGCAGCAGCAGCAGCAGCAGGAGGGAGACACUUGGGAGCGAAGGGCGCCCGCAGCAGCAAACCGCAGCAGCAGCAGCAGGAAGGAGACAGUUGGGGGCGAAAGGCGCCCGCCGCAGCAACCCGCAGCAGCACAGCAGCAGCAGCAGCAGCAGCAGCAGCAGCAGCAGCAGCAGCAGCAGCAGCAGCAGACCCUGGCGGGCAUUGCCUGCACUCUGGCUGGUUCUUAUCAGGAUUGAAGGUGCCGGGGAGACACAGCGAAGGCUCUGCUGCUCCCUGGAGACAAAAGGCCCCCGGGGGGCCCCCCCCGCUGCGGGGGUGGGGGGCCCCCCCCCCGCAGCAGUACCCUGCUGCGCAGGGCCCCGAGGGGCCCCUCGCUGUACUCCCCUCGCAAAAGGCCCCCCCAGGACAGGGCCCGCAGGCGGAGACAGUUAAGCCAACUGUCUCCGAAUUCAAAGUCCCCGAGGGACAACUCAAGUGCUGCAAAGUCCCCGAGGGACAAUAA